AUGGCUUCGUUCCCCGAGACCGACUUCCAGAUCUGCCUGCUUUGCAAGGAGAUGUGCGGCUCGCCCGCGCCGCUCUCCUCCAACUCGUCCGCGUCGUCCUCGUCGUCGCAGACGUCCACGUCGUCUGGGGGCGGCGGAGGGGGCCCAGGGGCGGCGGCACGCCGCUUGCACGUCCUACCCUGCCUACACGCUUUCUGCCGCCCUUGCCUCGAGGCGCAUCGGAUGCCGGCGGCGGGCGGUGGCGCACCCGGAGAACCGCUCAAGCUGCGCUGCCCCGUGUGUGACCAGAAAGUAGUAUUAGCCGAAGCGGCUGGCAUGGACGCUCUGCCUUCGUCCGCCUUCCUGCUCAGCAACCUGCUUGACGCCGUGGUGGCCACCGCCGAAGAGCCGCCGCCCAAGAACGGGCGCGCCGGCGCCCCAGCGGGCGCUGCCGGCCACAGCAAUCACCGGCACCACGCGCACCACGCGCACCCGCGCGCAUCCGCCUCCGCGCCGCCGCUCCCGCAGGCGCCGCCGCCGCCCGCACCUUCUCGCUCAGCGUCGGGUGGCCCCACAGCCUCCCCGUCUGCACUGCUGCUCCGCCGGCCGCAUGGGUGCAGCUCGUGCGAUGAGGGCAACGCGGCCUCUUCUCGCUGCCUCGACUGCCAGGAGCACCUGUGCGACAACUGCGUCCGCGCGCACCAGCGCGUGCGUCUCACCAAGGAUCACUAUAUAGAGCGCGGCCCGCCGGGUCCCGCAGCCGCGGCAGCGGCGCAGCAACUCGGACUCGGCUCCCCUUUCCCUGGUGCGCCCUUCUCCAUUCUCUCGGUGUUCCCGGAGCGCCUCGGCUUCUGCCAGCACCACGACGACGAGGUGCUGCACCUCUACUGUGACACUUGCUCUGUGCCCAUCUGUCGGGAGUGCACAAUGGGCCGACACGGUGGCCACAGCUUCAUCUACCUCCAGGAGGCGCUGCAGGACUCGAGGGCACUCACCAUCCAGCUGCUGGCAGAUGCCCAGCAGGGACGCCAGGCAAUCCAGCUGAGCAUCGAGCAGGCCCAGACGGUGGCAGAACAGGUGGAGAUGAAGGCGAAGGUGGUACAGUCGGAGGUCAAGGCUGUGACUGCAAGGCAUAAGAAGGCCCUGGAGGAGCGGGAGUGCGAGCUGCUGUGGAAGGUAGAGAAGAUCCGCCAGGUGAAAGCCAAGUCUCUGUAUCUGCAGGUUGAGAAACUUCGGCAAAACCUCAACAAGCUAGAGAGCACCAUCAGUGCCGUUCAGCAGGUCCUGGAGGAGGGUAGGGCACUGGACAUCCUCCUGGCCCGAGACCGGAUGCUGGCCCAAGUGCAGGAGCUGAAGACCGUGGGGAGCCUCCUGCAGCCUCAGGAAGAUGAUCGGAUCAUGUUCACACCCCCUGACCAGGCACUGUACCUUGCCAUCAAGUCCUUUGGCUUUGUUAGCAGUGGGGCCUUUGCACCUCUCACAAAGGCCACAGGUGAUGGCCUCAAGCGGGCCCUUCAGGGAAAGGUUGCCUCCUUCACUGUCAUUGGCUACGACCAUGAUGGUGAGCCACGCCUUUCGGGAGGUGACCUCAUGUCAGCUGUGGUCCUUGGCCCCGAUGGCAACCUGUUUGGUGCAGAGGUGAGUGACCAGCAGAACGGGACUUAUGUGGUGAGCUACCGGCCCCAGCUAGAGGGCGAGCAUCUGGUGUCGGUGACCAUGUGCAACCAGCAUAUUGAGAACAGCCCCUUCAAAGUGGUGGUCAAAUCAGGCCGCAGCUACGUGGGCAUUGGGCUCCCAGGCCUGAGCUUCGGCAGUGAGGGUGAUAGUGAUGGCAAGCUCUGUCGCCCUUGGGGUGUCAGUGUGGACAAGGAGGGCUACAUUAUCGUCGCUGACCGCAGCAAUAACCGCAUCCAGGUAUUCAAGCCCUGUGGCUCAUUCCAUCACAAAUUUGGUACUCUGGGCUCCCGGCCCGGCCAGUUCGACCGACCAGCUGGGGUGGCCUGCGAUGCUUCACGCAGAAUCGUGGUGGCUGAUAAGGACAAUCAUCGCAUCCAGAUCUUUACCUUUGAGGGUCAGUUCCUCCUCAAGUUUGGUGAGAAAGGAACCAAAAACGGGCAGUUCAACUACCCUUGGGAUGUGGCGGUGAAUUCUGAGGGCAAGAUCCUAGUCUCAGACACCCGGAACCACCGGAUCCAGCUGUUCGGGCCUGAUGGCGUCUUCCUGAAUAAGUACGGCUUCGAGGGGGCUCUCUGGAAGCACUUUGAUUCCCCGCGGGGUGUGGCCUUCAACCACGAGGGCCACUUGGUGGUCACCGACUUCAACAACCACAGGCUCCUGGUCAUUCAUUCCGACUGCCAGUCGGCACGCUUCCUGGGCUCCGAGGGCACCGGGAAUGGGCAGUUCCUGCGUCCGCAAGGUGUGGCUGUGGACCAGGAAGGGCGCAUCAUCGUGGCCGAUUCCAGGAACCACCGGGUACAGAUGUUUGAGGCCAACGGCAGCUUCCUGUGCAAGUUUGGCGCUCAAGGCAGUGGCUUUGGGCAGAUGGACCGCCCUUCCGGCAUCGCAGUCACCCCUGAUGGAAUGAUCGUGGUGGUGGACUUUGGCAACAAUCGAAUCCUCAUCUUCUAA